AUGGCGAUUCAACUCGAGGGCAACUCCCUUCUCUAUACCGUCACCACUCUGACAUGUCUUGGAUUCCUCCUCAUUGGCUUCGACAAUGGUUUGAUGGGCGGUUUCAUCAAUGGUAAAUCCUUUACCGAAACCUUUGGCAUUGACACCAACACCAACUAUGGUACCAAUAUCAUCGCAUUGAUUGUAUCAAUCUACGAGAUUGGUUGUUUCAUCGGAGCUGUCACGACCAGUUUCAUUGGUGAAAAGUUGGGUAGACGCAAAUCAGUUCUGAUUGGUGUGGUCAUUAUGAUUGUUGGUAAGAACAUGAGUUCAAACUGCAGUCGGCCCAGAUCACUGACAUAA